AUGGAGGAUCAUGUGGAGAUAUUGUUGGACAUUUUGUCAGUGCUGCCAUGGAUGUUUCCAGUGAGUGAAGAAGGCCAAUUAAAGCUUGGAUCUGCAGGAUCUUUAAGAUGUUUCUUGUCGUUUUUGGAGGGCAAAGAUCUAUCAGCAAGGCAAAACGCAGUUUUGGUACUGAGAAAGUUGCUUUCUUUGGAUCAAAAACAUGUGGAUGACUUUGUUGAGAGUGAAGGAGCAAUUGAAGCAUUGGUUGGGAUAAUUAGAGAGCCUAUUUCUCCUGCAGCUACUAAGGCUGCUCUGACUUCUGUUUUGUUCAUGAUUUCAUCUCCAUCAGCAGCCAGUGAUGAAAUCAGAUCAAGAUUUGUGGAGUUGGGUUUGGUUUCUUUGCUACUAGAGAUUAUUGUUGACGCAGAGAGACGCCUGUGUGAGAGGGCUUUGGGAGUUUUGGAGGGUCUUUGUGAUUGCAAACAAGGGAAAGACAAGGCCCUUGAGAAUCCUCUGACAAUGCCCCUUUUGGUUAAGAAGAUUUUGAGGAUUUCGGCGUUGGUGACUGAGUUUUCGAUCGCUAUAAUUUGGAAGCUCUGCAGAAUUGAAACUGAGGAAAGCAUUUUGAUUGAGGCACUUCAAGUGGGUGCAUUUCAGAAGCUCUUGGUUCUCUUGCAGGUUGGUUGUGGUGAUGGGAUAAAGGAGAAGGUUACUGACUUGUUGAAAUUGUUCAAUCUUCACACAAGUAAAGUGGACUGUGUUAAUUCAUCCAUGGAUUUCAAGUACCUAAAGAGGCCAUUUUUGGGUUAG